GGCUUCUCCCGUUGCGGAGCACAGGCUCCGGACGCGCAGGCUCAGCGGCCAUGGCUCACGGGCCCAGCCGCUCCGCAGCAUGUGGGAUCCUCCCGGACCGGGGCACGAACCCGCGUCCCCUGCAUCGGCAGGCGGACUCUCAACCACUGCGCCACCAGGGAAGCCCCGUCACGUGUCUUUGAGAAGGGGUCCGUGCGGGCCCCAAAGUCUCCUGCCAGCUGAGGCCAGAGGCCCAAGGGCCCAGGCGCGAAGCUGUGAGCGGCGCGGCGCCUUUAAGAGCCAAACGGAAUGCACCAAAACAGAGCGGCCGCGCGCUUACUGGCUGCGCGCUGCACGUGACCGCACAGCUGAUUUCCUGCCCCCCUUUUUGUUGCUGCCGCCGCCGAGUGUCAGUUUCUGCGCCGCCGCCUGCGGUCGGCCCACUGUGCGGGUCCGCGCGCCUCUCGCGGAGCCCGCCGCGCGCCCGCAGCCCGGGUCCCAGCGCCCAUGGCGCACUCGCCGGCCGCCGUGCCGCCGGGCGCGCCGGAGCAGGGCUGCCCCAUCCGCGUGGAGCACGACCGUAGGCGCCGCCAGUUCACCGUCCGGCUCAACGGGUGUCACGACCGGGCUGUCCUGCUCUACGAGUACGUGGGCAAGCGGAUUGUGGACCUGCAGCACACGGAGGUCCCCGACGCCUACCGCGGGCGUGGCAUCGCCAAGCACCUGGCCAAGGCCGCUCUGGACUUCGUAGUGGAGGAGGACCUGAGGGCCCAUGUCACGUGCUGGUACAUCCAGAAGUUCGUCAAGGAAAACCCCCUGCCGCAGUACCUGGAGCGCCUGCAGCCGUAGCCCCGGCCCCGCGGGGCCCGAGCCCGCCCACCGGACCCUCCCUCCGGGCCUCGCCCCGGCCUCUGCGUGCUCUCAGGAACCCUGGUCCCCACGGGGACAGACUCAGAGUUAUUUUUGUAAGGACGUUUGUCUGUGGCCGUGGCCCAGCUGCCGUGGCGAACGUGGCCCGGCUGUUCCUGCUCUGCAGACACCGUGAGGGCCCGCAGUCAGGACCGGAACGCGGACAGGGGCGUCCCUCUGGUCUUUCUGGGUCCCACCUGCUGCUCCCCGCUCCGUGAUGGGCAGGGGGGCUGAUCUGGGGCCCUGCCAACAUGCCCAGGCCGGGUCGUCUCCGCAGAUGAGGAGCCACGAGGAACCUUGUGUGCCAACUGCUGGGGGCGUCGGGCCAAGCGCGCGCGCACAUGUUUCCUUACUCCUUGCAACGCCCUUCAGCUCUGCAAGAGGCAGGCCCCGCGUGGCUGCCCUCCACCUUCCAGCCCGAGUAUCUUGGGGGUCCCCGCCCCUCGCUGUGGCUGAGCUUUCUCAGAGAGGGCCCUUCCGAGCUGGGGUGGGAGGGAGAAAACCGUCCUCCACGAACCGGCCGCACCACCCAAGAGGAAGAAGUAGUUCUGCAGAGGGAUUUCCUGUGCAGCCGCCAGACAUCAGAGCGUCUUUGCCUUCCUGCGAGCUCGUGGCCUGUCAGGAGUCCUGGGGCCCCUCCCGGACCAGCCUUCCUGGGAACAGCCUGGGGAGCAAGCACCCCAGCACCCUUUGUCCUGUGGGGCCAGCCUUUCUGGGGGCUGGCUAGGGCUCAGGGUACCAGCCUCCGCUGCCACGCUCCCCACGAGGGCUGAAUCCACACCUGCUCUUUUGUGGGGCUGGAGGGGAGCCCAGGAGUCCGGUCCCUCUGGGGUGAGGCGUGAGUGACGUGGCCCCUUCAGCCCUCUUGCUAGGGUGGGCUGCUUGCCCCGUUGACACCUCCCUGCCUGACCUCGGCAGGCACUGGCCUGUGUCCUCUUCCCACUCGUCCGCUCCCAGUCUUGCACCAAGCCCUCCUCCUCCACUGCAGUGGCCUGGGGCCCCCAAAUACCUGUGCGCAAAUGCCUUCUCACCUGGUGGUGGGAACCUCUCUGUCUGCGUGCCUGAAGGCCUGGCAGCCCCAGGGUCCCCGUCCUCAGCACCCCACCUUCCCAGGUCCCAGCCCCCAGCCCCCAGCCCCACUCUGGCCUCCAGGAAUCCCUGAGAGGGCCGAGGGCAACCAUUGCACUCCCAGCUCUGUUUGCAAAGGGCUUUUGGGGGAGUCAGGGAGGCCCCUGGCCUCUACCGUGCUGGCAGGAGGUGAGCUCAGCUGCUGGGUCCCCUCCGAGCCCGGGGGUGUCCCCUUCCUGGUGCAGCAUAAGUAAAGAGUGGGUUGUAGGCCUGAGAGUGGACUGAUGGGCAGCCCAGGCUCUGAGCCAUUUCCCUCUCCAGCACCACCCGCUCCCUGUCCACAUAUCCCUCCCAAGUUCAAGCACAGACUCCGUCAUGAGAACUUCUCUCCAGUAGCUCAGCGAGCUGGUGCUGACCCCUCUGCAGCCUUUGGGGCAAGGUGGCCCAGUUCCAGGGGGCCCUGUCCAUAGCCGGGUGUCCUGCAGCAGUGGCGCAGGGGACCCCAGGGCUGGGUGGCACCAGGGCCCACCAACCCCCGUCCCAGCCUGCACCUGUGUUCUAACAGCAGGUGACUGGGUGCCCAGCCGGCAUGCAGACAAAACACUUAGUACUUGAACCAGGGGAUGUGCGGGGUCUCCAGGGCCCCUGCAGCACUGGACCCAGGGACAGCCUGUCCCCAGUUUCUGCAGGUGCGACCCGGGCCUCCUCGCCUCGGGCUGCCUUAAAGUGCCGCUGCUGCUCCGCUAGAGCCCUCAGCGGCAGCAACGGCCAACUCUCCCAGGUCGGGCCGGGUCCGCUGCAGACCCCUGCGCCAGAGCCCCAGCCCCCCCUGCCAGCACGCCCAACCCCAUCCCGCUGUGGCUGGCGGGCCCCCCCCCCCCCCCACCCGUGCUACCCUGACUGACUGGCGUCCCAGCCUCGGCCCCCAGCCCCACCCAUCCCGGGACACCUGGGGAACCCUUGCUCAGGAGGCAGGCCACGUGGGCCAGUUUGUGUGCCACUGGCAGGGCAGGGGGACACUCAGAGACCCACCCAGGCCCCCCAAGCAGAUCGCCCCCGAGGCCCCGUGCCCUCCUGCCACAGCUGACUUUGUGGGUCUCUCUUUCUCACCCGGUCGAGACAGGUGGUCACUCACGUGCCUUUCCCACUCAGGACCUGCUGCAGGUGGCGUCUGGGCCAGGGCUGGUCUCCAGACGGAUUGCAUGACGUACAUUUCAAUAAAAGGUGUGACCCAGUGCA